AUGGAGAUUUUGCAAGUUGAUUACAAGCUAAAAUGGAGCGACCUGAGGAUGGGGCCGUUUACUUGGGACAAGUCCAGCACGGGUCUUGUUCUCAGCUCAUUCUUCUGGGGAUACAUGCUGACGCAGAUUCCGGGCGGGUACAUCUCCAGGGCUGUCGGCGGGACGCGUGUGUUUGGCUACGCUAUGUUGAUGUGUACCAUACUGACGGCCCUGACGCCCGUGCUCGCACACGCGCACUACGGCCUGCUCGUGCUGGCGCGUAUCUUGGAGGGAGCCUGUCAGGGCGUCGUUUUUCCUGCGCAACAUCAUAUCUGGUCGGAGUGGGCACCGCCGUUGGAACGAAGCAUGCUAGUCGCGUAUUCGUACGCCGGCAAUCAAGCCGGAAACAUUUUGGCAUUACCCAUGUCCGGAUUACUCUGCGACUGGCUUGGCUGGGAAUCCAUAUUCUUUUUCUUUGGCAUCAUUGGGUUAAUAUGGUUCAUAUUUUGGAUAAUCUUUGCGUACGACACACCGGCCUGCCAUCCGAGGAUCUCUGAACGCGAGAAGAACUAUAUAGAACGUUCGCACUGUGGCCAAUUGGAGCAAUCUGGUGUUUAG